AUGGAACAGAAAAGAAUUUAUGACGUCUGUAACAACGUGCCUAAAGGAAUGAUUGUUGUAGUUAAAGACUGGGAUCUGGUUAUCAAAAAACGUACUAUAGAGGAAACUGUAAAUAAGAUAAACUUCCUGAAUUUCGACCCAGUGUUUUCGCAAUACCACGAACACCCACGUUUGCUACACGCUGUAUCUCAAUUAAUCGGGGAGAAUAUAUCCUUAAUUAAUAGCAUGGUAAUCAAUAAACCACCUGGUUCCAAAUGGCAUCCACCACAUCAGAAUUUUAAAAAUCAAAUGUUCUUCACGAUCUCGGACGUAGACGUGGUGGCCCCCGUCAGUAAGCGGCUGAGUUUAACGCCGAUGGAGCCCGGGGAUACGGUCAUCUUCCACUCCCUGACGGUGCACGGAUCCUGGGCCAACACAUCCAACCUUUUCAGGAAAGCUAUAACAGCCGUAUACAGCAGCCAAGAAUGUGAAUACAUAGACGUUAAAGGAUCUCUCCAGGAGACUUUUGAAAUUGAAAUCAAUAACGAAUUGAAGAGAACGCACGGAUCGGAUUUACAGCAUCUAGUGAUUAAUCUUUCUUUAUAA